AUGGAAGAUGUCGAGGUCCAGCAGAUGGACAGAGUCGCCGCCAUCGUCAUAUUCCUGGUAAGAUUUUUUAUCCUUCCUUCUUUUUGCAACAUUAUCACUUACAUCUGACUUUCAGACAAGUUUCAUUGGCUUUGUGUGCAACACAUUCAUCGCCUGCUACAUCAAACGUCUAUCGUUGCUCCGUAAUUCAUUCGGACGUCUUCUGCAACUUCAGGCGGCCGGAGAUGCUGUAUUUGUGCUUGUUUGGGCUUUCUACUUUGCUCCAGUCCUCUUUUUGUGAGUCUUUCUCUCCCGUAAAUGACUUUUACAACGACUGGUCUGGCCCGACGAAAUUUGAGAUUUUGGGAGCCCGUCGUUGAUGAUGCCAUGAGCGGAAGUGCGACUCCGUCGGAGCGUAUUCAGUUUCCAGAAAACGAUACUUCACAUUUUCAGCGACAUUAAACCGCUGCAGUCAUUGGGAAUCGCCUCCAGAUUCGCACAAUUAUGCCUCAUUUGCUACGACAUCUCCAUCUACACUCAUCUCGUUAUUUCACUAAACAGGUUGGCUCCAGAAGUUGCCCAUCGUUUUCUUACAGUACAAUUUCAGAUUCAUAUCCUUGUACUUCCCGACGAGUUACCAAACGAUAUUCACGGAGAGGUUCACGACAGUCCUCGUCUGUGCAAUCAUCCUUAUUUCUUUCGGGUUCUCCUGGUUUCUCAUCAUCGGUACAGUACUUUAAUUGAUUGGAAAUCCUCCAAUUCUGUUUCAGUUGACUGUCGAAUGGGAUUCUCGAUCCCGAGAUGGAUGCUCGAUUAUGUGAGCCCUCCAUGCGAGAUGAUCAACGUCUAUUACGCAGAGUUCUUCCGGUACUCCCUUUUCCACCGUAAUCCUUCUAACGACAUUGUUUCCAGGGGCCUUAUCGUCAUUUCGAUGUUCGCCAUCACCAACAGCUUUACUUUCUGCCGAAUGCACAUGCACAACCGGAAGAAACAGUCGGCGUCGACGUUCGAGACGACGCAGCAGAAGAAGCGGAGGGCUGUCGAGACUGCGUUUGUGCAGCAAGUGACGUUGCAAGGCCUGCUCUACGUCAUCGAACUCGUCACUUACUUCUACAUCUCCAACAGCUUCCCGGUGCCUCUGGACCCCGAACUUCUGUACCAGUCUCCCAACCGAUGGCCCAAUUUUCUUCUGACCACGUACGCCUGGAUACUCGUACACACUCUCGACGGGUUAGAAUCUGAAACUGUAGAAUGAACCUCAAUCAAACCGUUUCAGAGUGAUCACUUUGAUAUUCAACAAACAGUUCCGGAGUGUCUUCCGUCAUCCAUUCAGGUCUCAAGUCACGAUGAACGUCUCCAAAACUCCAUCGAGGUGAGCGAAACUUCCUUUCUUCCAAAUAGUUUUCCCUUGUGAUUUUUCCCUAUUCCAACCCGUUUCAGGAGUCUGGGUGGCGGCAAAGAAAACAUGCCGGUUAUCAUUUUAUGAGAGUACAAUUGUUAUUUUAUCCGUCUUUAUUACCAGUUAUCGUAUUUCGGGUCUCCUUGGUCAGUUAUCCGUCCGCCCGUGCAGUCCGUCCUUUCCCUCUGCUUCUUCAUUCCCUUUCUCAGAUUUCAUCUGUUCUUGAGCACAUUCUUACCCAAACACACAUUCAGUUUUCUUUGUUACACUCUUUUCUUCCCUCUCGAACGAUUUUCUUUGCAGACGCAGUCGAUUUGUGACCAACCGAGACGAUUCGAAUCGGAAGAAGAGCUCAAUCCUCGCGUGUACGUUUAUUUCAAACUCGAACACUGGAUUCGGAUCUUCCGUUCACGUCUGA